AUGACAAAAAAACGCCGUAAUAAUGGUCGUAGUAAACAUGGACGUGGUCGUGUUCGUUCAGUUAAUUGUACGAAUUGUCGACGUUUAGUACCAAAAGAUAAGGCUAUUAAAAAAGUCAUUAUUCGAAAUAUUGUUGAACAAGCUGCUGUUAAGGAUAUUAGUGAAGCUAGUGUGUAUCCAAGAUAUAUUCUACCAAAACUUUAUUAUAAAUUACAUUAUUGUGUAUCAUGUGCUAUACAUAGUAAGGUUGUUCGUAAUCGAUCAAGAGAAGCACGACGAAUUCGUACACCACUUUUACGACCACAACAAGCUCGUCAACCGGGUGCAGCCGGUGGACAAGCAUCAGCAGGUGCAGCUGGUCAUCGUGGACCAGGUAAAGAACCUUUGCAACCAGCUGUUAUACCUGUUGCUAAAACAUAA